CGAAUAAGACAGGAGGUUUUUGUAAUAAUAGAUUGUCACAAUGUUUUUGCGUGAUUAUAAAAGGAGGGGAUCCCAAUGUGAAAACUUCUCAGUCAGAGCACAGGAUUUACUGCAUGUCCUCCGGAACUCAGCACACCAAAGAACAUCAGGACGGGUAGGUGAAAGCAAAGUGGCACAAAAACAACCGAUCUAGUGUCGACAUAGUGUUGGGCAUAAUCAAGAAACCACUGGGCAGAACCAGAGUGUUGUGGUUCAGACGUUUUAAACCAAAGAUGCGCGCCAGCAAAAGCGACCACACAGUGUCCAGCAUGGAGAUCAAGGACAGUUCCAAUGGACCUCUCAUGGAAGAGAGAAUGUCCAAAGCGUUUUCCGGGGUACGGCAGCGGCCUGUGAGGGUGGCGGUGGCUUGUCUCGCGGUUCUGUGUGUUCUGCUUCUGCUUGCCAUCAUCGGCCAGGCGGUCCACAUGCAGAUGAAACUCCAGCAGGCUGUCAACGAUGCCGCCCUGCAGAAGAAAGCCGAGCUGGACAGACGGCGCGACGAGCUGCAGGACCAGAACGCCCUGCUGAAGCACGUCUCGGAGCAGCUGAGGUACAACUUCACCGCGCUGCUCACCAUGGUCAAGAACCUCCGGUUCAGCCAGGACAUCUCGGCCCAGGAGAAGGAGAAGAUGAGGAGCAGCCACGACGUGGUGCUGGAGCAGCGGGACCAGCUGAACACCAGCCUCCUGGUGCUGGAGGCAACGACCAGGCAGAUACAGGACGGCUACACGGAGGUGACGAGGGAACGGGACGAGCUGCAGGCUGCCAGGGACCUGCUGGUGGCUCAGAACCAGAACCUGACCGCCGAGAGAGACCUGCUGCUGGCCCAGGGGGGGAGCCCAGCUGCCGGGUGUCCCUACGGCUGGCAGACGCACGAGCAGAGCUGCUACUUCGCCUCCACCAUAGAGAAGACCUGGGAAGAUAGCCAGAUAUACUGUGUUCAGCAAGGGGCCAACCUGAUCAUGGUCAAGAACUCAGCGGAAAUGAGUUACCUGAACAGCAUUGUGGAGCUCGGAGGAGAGGUCUGGAUCGGCCUGACCGACAAUGGCAAAGAGGGCCAGUGGAUGUGGGUGGACGGGACCAGGAUGACUACAUCGUUUUGGGCUAAGGGCCAGCCUAACCAGCAUUUGGCGAUAGAUCAAGACUGUGUGGAAUUCUGGUCGAGUUCGUCGACGCAUGGCAGUUGGAAUGACGAGGCGUGUAGUAUAAAGGCGAAGUGGGUGUGCAAAAAGUAACGUGACAGCACCGUUCACAUGGAAUUGGGUCAGACUACACCUACGCCUUAAACACCUUAGAGCUUUAUGCUUUGUCACACUUCUUUCAACAGCGUUCAUUGGUACUCAAAUAUAAGUAGAAAUACAUGCUUGUGUUACUAUAAAUGUUUGUUAUGCCAUGUUUUCUUAUUAUAAUCAAUACACAAUUUUUGUUUUUGUCUCAAAUUAAGUAUCGUAAUUCACUCAAAUCAACAAAUGUCUCCUCAUCUGCUAUUUGUGAAACUGCAAUUACAUAUAGUCACUAAAAGCA